AAAAGCUAUCGGAGAAAUCAGUAAAAUUAAUAAUACAAUUCUUCACCUUUUAAAUGCCAGACACGAAUCUGAAAAAAACGAAAACAUCUUGGAAAGUAGCAAAAAUUAUACACAAGAGAGAGUUGUUGAGUUUCUUGAAUACAUUCAAACUACUCAUAAAAAUAUGAUUUGUAGAAAUCACCUUGAAUCAAUUUGCCAUGAAAAUUGUCCAAAUUGGUUUGUUUGCACGUGUGAUCGUAUCGAAUUUUUCUGUGGAAAAUGCAAAAUAUGUGGAUGCAAAUGGUCAGACCAUGACCUACAAAAGUACAAAAUCGUAAGACGCCGCGAAACAUUCGAAGAAGUGAUUAAAGAUGUGAAAGAUAAAUUUGAUAAGCAUUUGAAUAAAUCAAUUGAGUUAAAGGCGGAGGAAAAAAUGAAAUGUUCGGGUCUUGAAAUUCUA